AUGGCUUUGACUCUGUGGGAGAAGUUUCGACCUACUGCUGCUCUCCUCCUUGUCUGCGGCUCCUUCCCCUUCGGCGGGAUCUUUGGAAGACCCCGGCCCACAUUCCGCGUCUGGACCUUCCCCUUCCUCUACUCCCUCAUGGUUUUCUCGCUCUCCAUCUACAGCAGCAUGGGAGUGUUCCAGAUGCUGUACGGUGGCGGGCAGAUGCGAGGGCAAGACACUAGCCACUUUCAAGGGGUGGUUCGUGGCCUCCUCAUUGCGAAUUUGCACCUCUUGUCUCUCUUCUACCAGAUAUAUUUUCUCGUAUUCGGUCGAAGCAUUGCGAAUCUCUUUUGUCGCUUUGAAAAGACUUUCGGACACUGCUCCAGCAAACUGCCACGAUGGAUUCCCAUCAUUGCGAUCGUCACCAUCGUGCUCAUCUUUCUCUUGAGAUUCUUCAUGGUCUACCGUAUGCAACCGAGUCUUUUCCUGGAGUACAAGUUCUACUAUGAAGCUGUGAUCGGUUUCAACAGCGCAAGCACCACGGUUUUGACCUCGGCCUUUUGCCUGGAACUAGCCCAGACCCUGCACGAGAUCCGCACUGAUUCCGACCCCGAACUCAUCCAGAUGAAAUACGCCGACGUGUGGAUGCUGGCCAACAAGCUGGGAGAAGCCCUGACCUACCCGAUCCUCGUCUCCCUCCUCAACAACUUCCUCAUGAUCUUCACAGAACUCUACAACAUUUCCUCCAUGAUAAUAUCCUCAUCUUACCUCGAAGCGUUCGAAGUCAUGGAACUCUCCGAAUCUAUUUUGAAUCUGCUUCAGCAAUUGAUCCGAUUUUUCCUUCUCACUUUCGGUCCUUACCAUAUCGAGAGAAAGGCAGGUGAUCAUGAUCGAGAUCUCAAGUCACUCGAGAUGGCAGGUUGA